AUUUGAUGGUUACCACUUCUUAUCAAGUUCAUAAUUCUAAAACAAGGAUAAUUAUAAACACUUGGUUACAACUUAUUAAUUUUUAUUUCAAUUUUAAAAGAAUUAACAAAAUACUUUACACGUUUUUGUCUCAUUUAUUUUUCAAUAGUUAUACUUUAUCCUAACUGAAUUUACUUUAAAAUGGCAGAUAAUAAAGAAUCCAAAGAAACAAAAUUUAAAGGUAACUAUUAAUAUACUUUACAUUUAUUUUAUAAAUAAAUUAUAGUAAAAAUAUAUAUUAAUAUACACCAAAUCAUUUUCAGAUUUAGUAUCCUACAGUGAACCGGCUCUUCGUAAUAAUGCAUCAAUUGUUGAAUAUUGCCGUACUUCAAUGUCCGCGUUGUCUGGAUGUACUGCUGGUAUUCUUGGUUUAACAGGACUAUAUGGAUUCGCAUUUUACAUAUUUUCUGUUUUCGUGUUAUGGGUAAUUGAUGUUUAUAUAUUAUUUUUUUAUUAUGACUUAAGUAUUCAAUGGUUUAAUGAUUAUUAACUUAAAAAUUAUGUUUAUAAAUCAGUCAGUGUUAAUUUUGAGAUUUUAUUAGAAAGAAAAAAUAUACAUUAAGUGAUAUUAAUAAAAGUAAAGACUAAAUAUGUCAUGUGGCUUGUGUUGUAAAUAAAUAAUUAUUCUCAUCCUUGUUAGUUGUUAGUUUCAUAAAUCAACAUUUAUGAAAACAUCUAAAAUAAAUAAUUGUAAAUUAUUUACUUAUAUAAAACAUAUGUAGUAAUAAUAUCUCUUGAUAUUUUCUAAUUGAUUAUUGAUGAAAAAUAAUUUUGGACCUAAAGACAGUAGAAAAAAACUUGUUAACUUUGGUCAAUUGAUUUUAUAGAUAAAUUGGUAAUUUUAUUUAAAAAUAAUUAAAGCUAAAGAUUUUUUUUUUCAUUACAGGGCUUAAUAUUAUUCAAAGCUGGACAUUUGUGGCAAAAAUAUUUUCUCAACAGACAUAGUUUAUUAACAGGAGGCUUCUUCAGUGGACUUUUUGUAUUCUUUUUAACAAAUAUAUUAUUUUAUAAUAAUAAUAAUUUUUAAUAGAGUUGUCGCAGGACCCAAUUAAAAUUUAAAAUUUGGUAGAUUUGAGUUUUUUUCUAUGCUGUAAUUGGUAAAUUAAGUAAAACAACGGAACAAAUCUAGUUAAACGCCCACUCAAAUAUUUAAGUUUUUUUUUUUAAAACGUGGUUUUACAUUAAGAAUGUUAAAAAAAAGGCGGAUAAACUUUGUUUUGUAGUUAUGAGGGAAAACUUCAUAAAGUUCAGGUUUUCCAUUUUGCGUUUUUCUUAAUUAGAAUUAAUUAUAUUCAAUUUUUUUUUUUCAAAAUGUGUUAUUUUAAAUCCAUUAGAAUAAUCUAAACUUACCUAUCAUACUUACUUUUAUAGUUAUUGUACAUAAAUCUUGAAAAAUAGCAUUUUUAGAAUUAAUCCAAAAUGUGGUCAAAAAUAGACAUUUUUCAUUAUUAUUAUUUGUAUUUAUUGAUAUUUUGAUAACAAAAAGUUUUUUUUUUAUUGAAGUUAGAAUAAAUCAUCUGGCUUAGGUUUAGAGUUCAAGUGUUUAAACACGCCAUGUUUCCAUGUUUUUCUGCACUCACUCUGACAAUUUUUAUCGAAAAAAUAACUCUAGAGUUGUGCAAAACCAUAUCAGAUAGGGAACAGGGUAAAGUGAAAAAGUAUUAUAGGUGAAAUUAGAGACCCAAGGUGGUCACUCUCCAGAGUAAAUUUUGUUUAAAAUUGUUUGAGUGAGCGCAGUGAAACACUACGCAUUUGUAACUAAAUAUAAUCCAGAUAGUCUUAGAAAUUCUAACUUCAAUGAGAAAACUUUGUUAUCAAAAUAUCAAUUACUUUGAAAAUAAUAAUAAUAAAAAAAUGUCUAUUUUUGACCUUAAUUUGGAUUAAUUCCAAAAAUACGUUUUUUAAGGGUUUAUGUACAAUAACUAUAAAAGUAAGUUUUGAUUAUGCCAUUUAAAAACAUUCAUUUUGAAAAAAAAUACCCAAACAUUCGCGUGAACGCUAAACUAGAUUUAUGCCAAAACAAUUUUGCAAAAUUUCUGAAUAUUUUGCAUGAUUAUUAUAUUUAACUGGAUUUAGAAGAAAAUCUCUAAUAUCUGUCUAAUUAAAUCAAAAAGUUGUAGAUUAUUUAAUAAUUUGAAUUUAUAUAAAUAUUUGUUGAAUUAAAUUAAUUUAUCAUUUUAAAAAUUAAUUGUUACUUAAACAAAUCCUUAAUUCUUUUAAAUUUUUGAAAAGUAUUUGAAUCAGACGUUUAAAAUUUAAUCUUAAAUUACAUGCCAAUUGUAUUUGAUGUUUCUACCGAUUAUUCAAUACUAGUACAUAAUAAAAAAUAUGGUCUGCAACAACUCUAGUUUUCAAUUAAUCACACAUUUCUGUAAAUAAUUAUAUUCAAGGUCUGUUUUACUAUUUCUAUUAAUUGUAUUUAAUUAUUUUUCUUGCAGAAUAAUAUAGUUCUAUAGAGUUAUUAUUAACUAUUAAACUUCAUAGAUGCAUUUUUUUUUUAAAUUCUUAACAGUAAAGUGUUCUCACAGACCUGAUUAUAUUCUAAUAUAAUUUAAAUUUUGACAGUAUAAUAUUUAUAGUAUUUAAAUUAUGUAUAUUCCUUGACUAAAUUUUUCCAGACAUAUGUACUAUUUUGGACGUAUCCUUUUUUUAAAAUCAUUAUUAGUUAUAUUUAAUUGGAUUAAGAAUUUUUAUUCUGAAGGCAAGUUUCAAACAUGAACUGUGACUGAGGCUGUCAUGGUUCCACUAUGUACAAUAUAAUUCCUAUGGAUUUACUAUGGUAGGUUUAAUUAAUUCUUCUAAUAUUAUUAUUUGUAUUUUAUACAGGGUGUCCUACAAAAAUUUGAUAUAUGCAAUAACCUUUGUUUUGUUCAGUAUUUAAAAUUUAAUUUUGUUUUGUUAAAGUAAUAUAAAUUAAAUUAUUAAUUUUUCUAUCAAAAAUAAUUUUUGUACUUCAAAAACUUAAGAUAAUUUUAUCAUUAAUAAAUAUUUGUAGCACCAAAAUUUUGUUUGAAAAAUAUAUUUAUAAAAUAAGUAACUAUGGCUGUAAAAAAAGUUUUAAUUUUCAAAGAAUAUGAAAUGGAGAAAUUGUAAAAAAAAAGCACAAGGAUUAAGUGAUUAUUAGGUACACACAUUUUAAAAAUAUUAAAUAAAACAAAAGUUAUUGGAGAAUCAUUUGAAUUUGUCAAAUUUUCAUAGGAUAUACUGUAUAGCAUAUUACUUUAUACUAUUUAAUUUAGAACAAGAGUUGUCAACCCUAAAUAGUUGGAAUGAAGAUAAAGGAGAGAAUUUAUGGUAUUAAAAGAACAAACAUAAGCUUGUUAAACAUUUUAAAAUUUUAAAGUAAACUAAAUUCUUAAUGUAAAAAUUAGUUUCUAAAUCAAACACUUUAGAUCUAUAAAGUGUACACAUGAUGGCAUAAUUUAUUCAAAUUAUAAUAAUAUUACUCUGCUUUACUAAAUGAAAUAUAUUCCAUUGUUUUGUUUCAUUUGAGAUUUUUCAAAAAGAUUAUUACAAAUUAUUUCUGAUUUUAAUAUAUUUAAAUUCUUUUUCUUCUUUGCCUUCAUUCCAACUAUUUGGAAUCUUCCACUUGACCUGAUCUUCCAUAUUGCAUGCAUACACCUGCUAUCCUCAUAUCAUUUUUAUUCACAUCCAAUCAACUUUUUUUCAAGUUUCCUCUUCAUCUUUUUCCUCCUAAGCUAAUUUUCAUUAUAAUUUUUUCUGCUUCAGGUUACUCUAUCCCCAUAACAUUCCUUAACUAUCUCAGUCUAUAUUCUCUCAUUUGACCUAAUAUCAAAGCCACCUCUUAUAUAUUCAUUUCUUAUUCAAUUUUUUUUUAUCACUCCACUUAUCCACUUAAGCAUUCUCAUCUCUGCUAUACUCAUUUUCUGUCCACCACCCAACACUGUCGGUCUCUGAAAAUUUCUAAAGAACUUAACUCUAAGUGACAUUGGAAUUCUUUUAUUGCAUAAACCACUUUUUUUUGUUUUAUCCUAUGUUUCACAUGCUCAUGGAUGCGAUCAUUCUUUUGCAGAAAAGAUCCUAGGUACUUACAACUCUAAACCUCACUUAUAACCGCUUAUUGUCGUUAGCUGUCUUUUUCUGAUUCUUCAAACUUAUAAUCUGUUUUACUUCUAUUUAUCUUUAGUUCCUUUCCUUCAAGUGCUACCUCUAUUCCUCAAGCCUAUUGUCAACUUAUUCCAGAUUUUUCCUAUCAAAGCUGUAUCAUCUGCAAACAUCUUGCACUGUAGUACCUCCUCUUACCUGUUGUCCCUGCACAAAUCCGUGAUAGAGCAAGUCUUGUUAAUAACUUCAUACUGUUUGACAGAAUUUUACACCGACUGUCGAUCUAACAUAACCCUAUUUGUUACCACUUACAACAGAUAGAGGUUAUUUUUCAACUGGUAGAUUGAUUUACAACUCCAAUCCUCUAUUCUAACUGAUUACCCGCCUUUUUUUUAUGUUCCUUAAAGGUUUUGACUCUUGAAUCACAUUUAAUUUGACCUAUAUAAAAGUUUCGGGGGCGUCCUGCAGUUUUCUUUCCUUCUAUCAUACCCUCUAAUAUUAUAUUAUACAACUCUUCUGGUUGUCUCAAGGCAUGCCCAACCUUUUUCCAGUGUCUUGCUCUAAUUGCAUCUAUGAAUGUACAUUUUUCUGCCACAGUUCUAAGUACUUCUUUAUUUAUUUUCCGCUUUAUCCAACUUAUCCUUUCCAUAUGCCUUCAACACUACGUCUCGAAGGCUUCUAGUUAUUUCUUUCCGGCAUCAUUUAUUACCCAAGUUUCACAUCUAUAUGUUGUAACAUUCCAUACAUAUGUUUUUACAAGUCUCUUCUUAAUAUUGUGAUGUAAUUUUUUUGAAAUGAGGAACUUCUGUUUUUUACUAAAGGCAGUUUUUGCUAAUGCUAUGCAUUGUUUUAGCUCUCAGACGCUCUUACCAUCAGAUGUGAUUUUGCUCCCUAAGUAUACCAUUUCCUCCACUUGCUCCAGUUUUUAAUUACCUAUGUACACAUCAGCUUUUACUUUUGGGUCUUUGGCGCAGACUAAGAUCUUCGUUUUUGCGCUAUUUAUUUUCAUUUCUGAUGUGUUUAGCAUUUCAUCUAUUUCUUCAACUGCACGCUGUAUGUCACCUUUACUCUCUGCUUUUACCACAAUGUCAUCGGCAAAUUGUAUCAUUAAAACUAUUUCUUCACCAAUUUUGAUUCCUAUUUUUAGCCUUGUUAGCUUAGCUUUCACUAUAUUUAUAACUUUUUCGAUGUAGCAGUUAAAAAGUAGUGGUGAUAACGUACACCCUUGUUGGACCCAUUUUUUUUAUUUGAGCGUUAAAAGUGAAUUCUCUUUUUUUAAUGUAAGCUGUCUGGUUCUUUUAAAGACUAUAGAUGAAGUCUUGUUAUCCAACACUUAUUUCUCGUAAUGUGAGCUGCAUUUUAUUCCAAUUAACUUUGUCAAAGGGCUUUUCCAGGUCCAUGAAGGUCAAAUUUGUAACUUUAUUUCUAUUGAUAUGUUUUUUAAUUAGCACUCAUAAUCCUAAAAUUGCUUCUUGUGUACCUUUUUGUCUUCUAAAUCAAUAUUAGUCAUUUUGUAAGUACUGCUCCACUUUUCUUUCUAUUCUUCGGUUUAUUAUUUUUGUUAGGAUUUUUGAGACGUGUGUUAGUAGGCUCAUUGUUUUUUAAAUUGUUCACAGGAAUUCACUCCACUUUUCUUUGGUUUAGUUACAAUUAUGCUUUUGCAGUAAUCAUCUGGCACAUCUCCUUUCUCAUAUAUAUCCCGAGUUAGUUGAUAUAAAGCAUCCAUAAUCUUUUGUACUAGUACACUAUAAUAAUUCUGCUGUUAUAUUAUUAGUCUCAAGUGAUUUAUUCUGUUUCAAAUCAUAAAGCGCUAGCUCAAAUUCUGAUCUUAAAAUGGGUAGCUUCAUUUUUUCCUCAUCUAUUGUUAAAUCUUUUCUCCCUUCUAAAGGUUUUCAAUAUACUCUUUCUAUCGUUUUAUUAUGUUUUCAUAAUCAAUAAAUAAUUGGCCAUUUUUAUCUCUUAUAUUGGUGCAAUUUCGUUUUAUCUUUUCGACAAAUUGUCGGAUCUUGCGAUACGCAUAAUCUAUUUUGUUAACUUUGAAUAGCUCAUUAAUUUCGCCACACUGCUGCUCCAACCAUUCUUUAGCUUUUCUGGUUUCACGAUUAACCUGGUUCCUUAGUUGGCAAUAUUUUUGUCGUCCUUCUAUCAUGUUAUUGUUUUUAUAUUUUUGUCUUUCAUUUAUAAGUUGUACUAUUUCCUUGUCAAUCCAUGCUCUUCUAGGUUCUUUCUUUUCUUUUUUUGUCAACAUAGUAUCCGCCGCUUUUUUGAUAGCUGAUUUUAUGUUCUCCCAUUUUUUAUUCAAAGUAUUCUAAGUUUCCUUUUUGGUAUUCACGAUCCAUGUAGUGUCUAUAUAGUGGUACUAUGAAUAUAUUCUAUUCCAAUCCCCUAUUUUGAUUAUGAUACAUUUUAAUUAGUUAUUUGAAACAAUAUCUACAUUUUAUAAAGAUUUUCAAUUUGAAUGUCACAUUUCUUAUUUGUUUUAAAUAUAAAACGUGCUUUAAAUCACAUCAGAUAAAUGUCAUAGCAAAACACCAUAUGAAGUUCACAAUACAGUAAUAUUUUUUAAUAUUAGUUACUGAUACUUGCUUAGCUUUUACAUAGCGGUUGAAAAUUCCUGAUCUAAGAGAAAAGAAUUGUUAUUACUGUAUUUUUUUUAAAAAAAAUCUUAUUAAUUUGAUGAACAUUUGGAUAAAUUACUUACAAAUGCAUUUUAUCAAUAUUUUUUUUCUAUAGUACUUUUAACUUUUAAACAUUUUUAUUAUAUACUUUAUAUAAUAUUAUCUAUAUAAUUUAACAUUUUAUUUUAGGUUUUUGUAUAUUAUUAGACUAUAAAUAUAAAAUAAUAAGGUGUCAAUACACCUGGUGUUUUUAUCAAUAACUUUUUUUAAAUUUUCAAAAUAAAUCCAUUUGCACCUUGAUUCAUUAGUUAUGUGACCAAUGAUGUCAUCACAAAUUAAUAUAUAAUCAUAUGAACAUAUGGAUUAUUUGUGAUUUUGUACACGAUGAGUAAUUAAUUUUACAUUACUGUCACUAUGUUACAAUUUUCCUACAAUAUAACAUGUAUAUUUAAUUGCAAUUCAUUUUUUUCUUAACCUAUUAUAUUGACAGAUUUUUGUAUGGUAUGAUACACGUUUAUUGAUUGUUUUAAUUUAUACUUACAAUUUAUGUAUUAUGUUUGAAAAAUAUAUUGUAUCUUGGGUUUAUUAUUAUGUUAAAAUAAAUAACAAAAACAAAUUAUUGCUUUAUAAGAUAUAAUAAUCAUGUAUAAUUAUAUUGUAAUAAUAAUAUAAUAUAAUAAUAAUUAUAAUAAUAAUAAUAAUAAAUUAUCACUAAUUUAACAACAUGAAUGUGAUUUUUUAUUAAGUUUACCGUAAAUGGUAAUAAAUUUUAGAUUAGGUAUGGUAUAUUAUAUAAUAGAAAUGUUGUAAAUAAAAUGUAAAACAGUCAAUCGUUUACUUAAAUAGUCUAUUUUUUUUUUCUACAUUAGAACACCAGCCUUAAAAAAAAAUUAAUAUAUAACAAUAUUGUUGAAACUUUCUCACUAUGUAAUGAAUAAUUAUUAUUUGAGGUCAUAUAUUUCCCCGGAUGCAGUUUUUGUAUUGUCUGUUUGACUUUCGUCACUGGUUUUGACUAUCUCGUACUCUUGUAGUUCCGUCUCCAGUUCAUGUUCCCAAUGUUCUUCUACAAACCGGGUCCGAAAAUUUUUAAUAAACACAAGGAUAGGAGAAAAAUACUUUUAUAGAUGUAAAGGUAUAAAUUAUUAUUGCACAUUGGAUGUAGGAAAAGCGAAUAGAAGAGAAAAUACGCUUUUCAGGGGGAAUGGAAGCGAAGCGCUUAAAGAUAGUCGUCUUGUGGUUGCAAUUUGUUGACAUCGUUUCAAGCUGUUAACACAAUACACACACACACAUAUUUGUUUAGAAAUACAUUCAGUCUACACACAUACUUGAAUGAAUUUCAUGUAUGUUUGAAAAUAUGCAUAGUAUAUAAAAUAUUAAUUUUAAUAAAAAUAAAACCAAAAAUAGGGAGUGUUUGGGAAAACUGUUCUAAUAUAACUACUCACAAUGUUAUUAAAUUCCCUCAAGUUGUAAAAUUGUCUUUACUUACCAACUUUGUGAAUUAGUUAAUCAAAAAUGUAUACUCUUUAAGAAUUGGAUGUAACAUAAGUGAUUCCUAUUGUUCAUUUAAAACAUUGGUAGUGUUAACUAAAAAGUAUAUUGUGCAAUGUAUAUUAUAAUUUAUAAGCCAUCAUGCAUUCAGAUGGAAAAAGUAUUAGUAACUAAAUUGUAAUAAUUUUGAUAUUAGAAUUGCAAUAUAAGGAUAGAAAUUGUAUAAUAGUGCAUCAAACUACAAAUAAAUAUGGCAUCCUUAACCAAUCUGUAAACAUAUUUUUUCAACAUAAAAUAGAAAAAAAAAUGGUAUGCAAUUAGUCUGAUAUUUACAUACGUUCGUUUAAACUAAAUAUGUGUGUGUUUUUUACAUGUCUGUAUUUGAACAGAAUAAAAAUAUUGUGUUGUCAUUUAAAAUUAAAAUAUAAUAUUGAAUUACAUGCAUCAUAUUUUCUUAUAGCAUACUAACAUUAUAUUUUUCAAUAGAAAAACAAAUAUGGUACAAUAAUUAUGUAUUUAAAAUUACCUACAAAAUUAUUUCAGUGGAGAUUUGAAGUGUAAUUUGUAACUGUUUUAGUGAUAUCUUCAUUGUAAUUAUAAUAUUUUAAAUUAUUAAAUAGGCCUUUUUUGCCAUGUCUAAAUAAUUCUUUAUUUUAAUAGUAAAUGAUAAAUUCUUUUAAAUAUUAAGUAUAUAUAUAUAAAUAAAAGAUACUAAAUAAACAAAAUUAAUAAAACCUAAAUUUGAAUUAAAUUUUAAGUUAUAUUUAAUCGAAAAUUCAUUAUAUUCUUUGAAUAUGUACUUUUUUCUUUUACUUACCAUUAUCUGAAGACUUAACACCCAAACUUUCUUGCAGGCUUUUCCUUAUUUCAUUUAUUUCAUUUGCAUCAUGUUCUGCAAAUGUGUCGGAUACAAACUCUGAUUCUUUCACAUAAUUGUAAGUAUCCUUGUUCACGGUGUCUAUUGUUACAAUAAUAAUUUUAAAAAAAUGCAAAAUAAUAACACGAACCUACUCAGCAAAAUAAAAUAAAAGGUGCAGUAAUUUGCUAAAUAAAAAAAAUUUGAACAGCAAAAGAUGAUAACAUGCAAACAAAUACUAACAGCUUUAUCAUACUUUUAUUAAAAUAAACAAACCCUAGUAUUUAGGGAUUGAUGAUAAUUUGUUUGUUUAUGAAUAAAUAAUUUAAAUUAAGUAUGUUUACUAAACAACAGUGUAAACAAAUUUUAAUCACAUAUUUUAACCUCAUAAUUAAUAACUAUAAUAAUAUUUAUUUAAUUACCUGUCAAUUCAGAAUUGACAUUUGAUGAUACUGUAUUGUAGUCUGUAGGAUCGAGUGUUUCCAAAUUGCUUGCGUUGCAAAUUAAAUUGACUCUGUAGAAAUAGUUUUGCCAGAAAUUUUCUUCGUUUAUUCUAAAAAUUAUUAUUAUUUAUUUAAAUUUUAUAAUAAGUAAUCUUAUAUUAAAUGUAUAAAAUUAUAACUUACACUUUAGGAACAAGAUCAAAUCGCAUUUUCUCUAAGUUUGGAUCUUCUGCUAAAAUAGCCAUAGCGAUGGGAUAAGAUGUUUCAUAAUUGAAACUGAAAUCUACACCUACUGGAGGACUGCGUACAAAAUUGCGCCUAUCCU